CUGUAAUAACUGAGGGAAUACUUCAAUAACACCAACUCGGCUCUAGAAACAGACACUAGGACUACAGAAACAACCUUGCACCAUGGGGAUCGCAGUCUACAACAUCUCAGCCACCGCGGCCCGAGUGAGCUGGCCGUCGCUGCCCAGCUGCCGGGACACCUUCUACAGCGUCAUGUAUGACCCAAACUGGAACAGCCUGCUGAUGGGCUACAAGCGCAAGAGUUUCAUGCACGAGGAACGCAUUCCCGUCAGUCAGACCACCACACACCUGGCCAACCUCAUACCCCAGACCGCCUACUUCUUGUGUGUGACGUGUCAGGCGGCCAAUCCGGUGCGGGACCAGUGCCAGGUAUUCAGCACUCUGAGUGACAGCAGCGAAGGUCACGACCGAGCUGGCUGGGAGCUCGCCAUGGGCGUCUGGCUGACCUGCUGCAUCUUGCUCCUGGUCAUCGCUGGCAUCCUAUUGUGGGGAUGUCUCCACACCAUCUGCUCUAUUCCCAGUCAGGCUGCAGAAAACUGCCAUGUGUUGACCAACUCAUCCCGCCAAGACAUGUCUGGGUCUGGACGCCUCUACACUCCCAGAAGAAGCAGUGAGGACAGCGCCAAACAUGCCAGCAUCAUGCAACCCCCCCUCCUCUCAGCGCAGACCAGUGGCCACAUAAUUACCCAGGACCGUGAACUGAGGGCGCUCGCUAAGCUAUCCGGCACUGAGCCAGUAUGAAUCAACUGGAUUGAGGUCAUCACAGCAUUGUUCUGCCCAGACUGAAUUGUCACUGAGUAUUUUUAUCCGCUGAAAUCCUAUGGAGAAAAAAAACCCGACUAAUUUGUGCUCUCGAUUUAAUAAUCCUGGCUCGGGAUUUAGUAAUCCGUGCGCUGGAUUUAGUCAUUCAAUGUUUUAGUCAAUGUUUUGCACUUGUGCACAAAUAAUUGAUCCUGUCUAUAUCAUUUGUUCUAUUUAAUGUUUCCCCUGUAAAUAACGAGAAGCUCAUGAAGGCCUUUUUGAUCACAGCGUUCAUGUGAUAUAAAUUUAAGUUUCUGCAUACAAAACACUUGC